GCCAGUCGGGGGAGGAAAGUGAAAGUGAGUUUGAGUUCAAAUUUGUUUGAAUUUUUUGAGACGAAAAAGAACAAAGUGGGAUGUCGACGCGAGCUGCGACCGUCGUGACUUCGAAACGAACGAUGCUGCCGAGGUGGGCUAUCUUGCGCCAUUCUUUUGCGGCAGCCCGUGCGACAUGGGGGAGUCCAAGAGGAGGAGGAGGAGGAGGAGCAGCAGCAGCAGCAGCAGCAGCAGCAGCUCAUCGCGCUUCGGCCGCCACAAUGUCAUCAACGAGCAGCAGCAGCGAGGGCAGACUGCUGGGCCAGAGGCAGAGGAGGAGGUUCUCCACAUUUGGGAGGAGGUUCUCCACAUUUGAAGUGGUUAAUCCGACGACUGAGGAGGUGAUCGCGGAAAUUGACGAGGACUCGCCGGCGAGCGUAAUCGCUAAGUAUGAGAAGCUGGCGGGAGGUGUGGAGCGAUGGCGGAAGACACCUAUCGUUGAUCGAAAGGCGGUGUUGCUGCUGUUCAACGAGCUGCUGCUGAAGCACGUGGACAAGCUGGCCAGCGUCCUGACGGCUGAAAUAGGGAAGCCGAUAACUCAAGCCCGGCAGGAGAUCAGGGCCUCGGUACAGCGAGUGAGGUAUUUCAUCGAUCAUGCCGAGGCUGUGCUUCAAGAGGAGCUGGUGCACCAAGUGGGUCGCCUUAGCGAACGCAUAGUGUACGAACCCUUAGGCGUAGUCGCGCACAUAUGUAGCUGGAACUACCCGUACUUCAUAUCGUCGAACGUCGUGGCGGCGGCGCUUGUGACUGGCAACACGGUUCUAUUCAAGCCUAGCGAGCAGACCACCUUGUCGGGCCAGUUGAUGGAGGAGCUGCUACAUGAAGCCGGCGUGCCCGGAGACGCGUUCAUCCUGACCAAAGGAGGGCGAUCGACGGGUGAGACGGUGGCGUCGCUGCAAGGUCUGGGGGGCUUGUACUUCACGGGAUCUUACCCCACAGGCGUCAGGGUUGCCGAGCUGGCGGCGCCGCAUCUAGUCAAACUCCAGCUGGAAUUAGGCGGGAAGGACGCGGUGUACGUGCGGCAUGAUGUGGCUGACGUGGCGGCAGCAGCCGCGACGAUUGCCGAUGGGGCGUUCUACAACUGCGGGCAGAGUUGCUGCUCGGUGGAGAGAAUCUACGUGGAUCGAUCUGUCAGCAGAGAGUUUCUCGAGUCCUUGGCGCGCAAUGUCAAUGCGUUUAAGCAAGGGGACCCGAUGCAUGAGGCGACGUACUUGGGGCCCGUGGCUCGCGGUCAGCACCUUGCGUUCUUGAGGGAACAGCUCCAGGAUGCUCUCACCAAAGGGGCAAGUGUCGUCGUGGGGGGGGACAUUGACGUGGCAAGAGAGGAAGGAAGUGGGUUCUUCUUUCCGCCUACCGUUCUAACGAAUGUGCACCACGGGAUGAAGGUCAUGAGGGAGGAAACCUUCGGCCCCUUGGUCGGCGUCCAGGUAGUCGAUGGAGAUGACCAGGCCGUGGAUCUGAUGAGGGAUACGGAAUACGGAUUGACAGCUGGCGUGUUCACGAGGGACAAGGCUAAGGCUGAGGCAAUUUUGAGAGAUUUGGAAGUCGGGACUGGGUAUUGGAACUGCUGCGACCGUGUGUCGCCGCGCCUACCGUGGUCGGGACGCAAGAACUCGGGAGUGGGAUGUACGCUAUCCAUGGAGGGGCUCCGCUCCUUCCUCAAAUCCAAAGCUCUUCAUCUCUAUCAACCCGCCUGUUGAUCGAUCACAGCUGCAAAUAUCUGUGAGUGCAAGAUGCGCAAUCAUGUGCAUCGAUGGACUGACUGUCCAGUCCUGUAGUAUGGAUGAGAUGAUGACAUGGUCAUCUGCGCAGCCCUAAUGAUAAUCAUGGCAAUGAUUGAUGAGGUUUGUCGGCACAGCGUUGAGAGGUGGACACGUUUCGAUAGCUCGCGAUGGUUAAAGCCAAGGUGAGUGUGCUGGUUAUUGGGGAGGAAGAGAGAGACGGGGGGAGAGAAACGAGAGAACCAGCAGAUACAGGCAUUCCGAAAUGCCCACCAAGAGAGACUGCUAGUCUGUGUGUGUGUAGGGGGAGAGAGAGAGAGAGAGAGAGAGAGAGAGAGAGAGAGAGAGAGAGAGAGAGAGAGAGAGAGAGUUGUUGACCCCAACGGUGGUUAGGAUGGUGGAAUGAUGGGCGGAAGAGGAGAACGGGGUAAUAGGCUUUUGUUACUUCUUGUAGUGACAGUCGCGUCUAGGACUGUGUUUUGAUUUGCACGUCAGAGACGCAGUUGGGUGUUCUAUACCCGAUGGGUGUGUGUUCAUUUGAUUUGCGCGUCUAGGACUGUGUUUUGAUUUGCAUGGGUGUGUUGUAUUCAUCAUCUGAUUAGAUUUCGGGUCGCACGGCCUGGUGAUCUUCAUCGCAUUUCUUGAAGCAGAGUAACUAGGGCCCGGUCCCCAGCACGUGUUGCUCUCCACGAAUAGAUUGGAGUUUUGUUCCCAUAAGUGUCAGGCUUUGGAAGAAAAUCAGGGGUCUGGUCGCACGGCCUUAUUCCCUUCAACAUGACUCCUUAUUAUCAUGGCUGUGUACAAUGUACACGGUCAGGAUAGAGUCUGUGUACAUUCAUGGUUAGGAUAGGAAGUUAUGUUCGGGGGAAAUUGGGUUGGCGAGUGAUAGCAUAUAGAUUCCUAGCACCGACGACUUUUUCUGACACCGGGUAUAUUAGAUAGAAAAAUGGGAAAUAUUUUUUACUAAAAUGAGGCGACUCAUAUCUCUGGCUGUUCGAUCCACCGUGGAUGAUCUACAGCAAGAAAGAAAACGAAAAGCGAAAAACAGCGAAAUGGUCUCAAGCUUGUGUGUCGGCAACUGUCAUGGUAAAGAGCAGUGUAGAUCCACCACUUGGAUUUGGCGGGAAAUGCUGACGAGACAGAGGCUCGGACACUACAGUGUGAUGGCAGCCCCUGCCCUUCAUCAGGUCGACACCACUUGGAUUUGGCGGGAAAUGCUUUGCGUCCGCAUCACCGGUGUUGACGGAGUUCGUUUUCUUUGGUUUUUUUUUUUUUCUUUGCUUUUAUUUGUUGACGGAGCUACUUCUGAUUUUCAAGCCAGGGGGGGGGAUGUAUGCUUCUAAACCCCAGGGUGUGGUGUGGGAUGAGGAUCCACCAGGAUCUCAUGACAAUACCAGGCUGGCUCUCUGAUUUGGCGGGAAACUCUUUGCGUCCUUCUUGGAUUUUGCGGGAAAUGUGUUGCGUCCUGUUCGGAAUUGGCGGGCUUUGCGUCCUUCUUGGGUUUGGCGGGAAACACUUUGGGUCCUCGGAUUUGGCGGGAAAAGGCUUUGCGUCCUUUUCGGAGUUGGCGGGAAACGCUUUGUGUCCUUAUCUUCGGUAGUAAGGAAGUUCAGUUUUGGCUAUUUUGAGAUUGAUUUCGACAGAUUUUCUUCGAUUUUCAUCGGCAGGCGGGGUGGUAGAUUUCAAGAUUUCCAAAUUCGAGCGCGCGUGCGCGUGCGCCCUCAGGAUUGUUACCAGGGGCAAGGUCCCACUUGCGCAAAUUAGGAGAUUUCGGCUGUUGAUCUUUGCUAUCUACGGUCAGUUUCUCUUGAUUCGUGCAAGUGGGACCUAGCCCCAGAUGUCAGAGCACACCAGUAUUCUUCUCCAUCAUGACGAUCGGUGCCGUGCACACCAGUAUUCUUCUCCAUCGUGCUGCUACGCCUGUAGUGGGAUAAUGAGGUCCUGUUUGGAUGUGCACUUCUUCUAUUGGGCCAGGUCCUCGAUGGCUGCAUUUGUCCUUUUGAUGACCACUGUGGGUGGCCAUUAAAGAGAGAAUUUGUCGAGCAUGUUCGCGCAUACAAUUCUUCGAGCAAGUGAUUAGGUGUCCCUUUUUUUUGCGCUGGUUUUUAUUGAGACUUGAGUUUGAGCCACAGCUUUAAGCCGUCAGCUUUUAUGUAUGUAGGUAGGUUUUUUUGGGAUGAUUGUUGAAUCAAUAUUGAGUGAUAUGUUGUAAAAGGUUUCUGGAGAAGGGAGGGUGGCGGAUUGAUCGAUAUGGGUCAGCCAGUCGGCAGAGAAGAAAGAGCAUCAUCAUCUUUCUUGGUGUCUUGGUUUUUGCCGCUUGGUUUGAACUGAGGAUGAGGAUUGGUUAGUCACCCGCUGUUUGUGUUAACUGUGGUUUCGACGAAGAUGGCCUCUUUUUAUAACUCUACUUUCAAUUGCCUUUUUAUC